CGGUAGUCUUGCACUAAUUCGUCUCUCUCAGCCUAGAUUCUGUAACCCUCUGCCAAAGUACGUUUCCACGUUCGUCGACCGCUCGGUGAUCCGAUUCGUCAUGACCGAGGGACAGCGAUAGUGUAACUGACAGAUACUUUCCUGCUGCCCGCUCCCCACCCCGCUCACACCAUAUGCCUGGUAAACUCUCUGGCGGCGUCUUAAUCAACUCGUAGCUCCAUCGGAUUCAUCAUGGUCGCCGCUCUCCUUCGUACCGCUGUCGCCAGGACCGCGUUCAAGGCCGCUCCUAUGAGCAGGUCAGCUCCGCUUGCCGCGAUGAGGUUCUCGGCCGUCAGGUUCGCCAGCUCAAAGCGAUACACCAAGGACCACGAGUAUGUUAUUCUCGAUGAUGCUACCAACAUCGGAACUGUCGGGAUCACGGAUUACGCUCAACAAGCCCUUGGGGACGUCGUCUUUGUCGAACUGCCUGGUGUCGAUACCGAGGUCGCUGCUGAGGACGCUAUCGGUGCCGUUGAGUCGGUCAAAGCCGCCUCGGACAUUUACGCUCCUGUCAGCGGUGUCAUCACCGAGAUCAAUGAGACCUUGAACGAACGUGCCAACCUGCUCAACAAGGAUAGCGAGGGUGCUGGCUGGCUCUGCAAGAUCAAGCUUUCGGCUCCUCAAGAGUUCGAGACCUUGCUCAGCGAACAAGCCUACAAGGCUCACUGCGAGGGAGAGAGCUCGUAAAGUCUCUUGUAACAAGGAUAGAGUGAUGAGCAUGAAAACGUUGUGGAAGGGUUCAGAGGAUUUAGGAGCCGCUGACUGCUGGAGUUUAGAGGUCGUCAGACUUAAACAUAAGGACCCAGAUCGUUGUCUCCCGGACUCGAUGGAAUGCAAGACCAGUGCUCUCUUGAUUGCAUAGCGACAGGUGCAAUAACGUUGAUCAGACUCUGGACUCCCUCGACCCGAUGAUCAUGUUGUGUUCCGG